AUUACAGUUGUCCUACCUUGGCAGAUUUGUGGAACAGACUGUAUGUAGAAUUGACAUGGAAUCUGUGCUUAACAAGUGCAGUCUGGGGAGCUGUUUGUAGUCCCCUGACUCUGUGCUUUUGGUUUCAGAGCUCUGAGAAGUUCGUGCCUUCUUGCACAACUGGCUUUCCAUCUUCUUCUUAACGAGGAAGCAGACUGGAUUGAAUCAAGCUGAAGUCUGUGCUGCUUCUGCAGUCACUGCUUGCUGCGUUCUGGUGGUACGGAGGCUGUUCUGGUCAGCCUCUGCCAAUGCAGGCAGAUUCUGCUGGGGCACGCUGAGUUAUUGCAAGUAAACACCGGGAAGAUGCUCUGUGCUGCAUUGCAGGGCAUGGAACUGCUGCCUUCCACCACGCCCCUCUCUCCUCCCAUCCAUUUCGGUGGCAUGCUAGUCUGUUCUAACAAAUCCAGUCCCCGCUGUCUCUCCUGAAUACCAAGUCAGUGCAGAUAGCGUUGCUGCCUCCCCCAGCAGCUCCUGGUUUUCCAGAAGUGGAUGAAGAAUGGCUGUGGAAUUCUCCGUGCCUGGAUGGAGGCUGUGGAGCUCAUCCUGACACCCAGUGAUCGCCGUGCGUGAUGGCAGGAGUCAGUUCCUGUCCCUCAUUGCAUGUGUCUGAGUGAAUCGUCACACAGUGCUUUGAAGUCAAUUCUUGUCCAGCACAGAACAGUGCUCUUGCCUCUUGAAGUUGUACUUAGGAAUGGUGGAAUAUCAGAAAUAUAAAAUUGUACUGUUAAAGUUGCUUUAGUAUAGUUCAAAGGAACUAUAAACCCAAGUAAUACUUGAAUUGCAGGCUUCUGAGCAUCUUGGAUAAAGACUGCAGCAGAAAUGGACACGGAAGGCUUUGGAGAGCUGCUCCAGCAGGCAGAACAGCUUGCAGCUGAGACUGAGGGCAUCUCUGAGCUCCCUCAUAUGGAACGCAACCUGCAGGAGAUCCAGCAGGCUGGGGAGCGCCUGCGUUCCCGCACCCUGACCCGCACCUCCCAGGAGACUGCAGAUGUGAAGGCGUCUGUUCUUCUUGGCUCCAGAGGGCUUGAUAUAUCUCAUAUCUCUCAGCGGUUAGAGAGUCUAAGUGCAGCCACUACAUUUGAGCCUCUUGAACCUGUGAAGGACACUGACAUCCAGGGAUUCCUGAAGAAUGAGAAGGACAAUGCAUUGCUGUCAGCCAUCGAAGAGUCUAGGAAGAGGACUUUUGCCAUGGCAGAAGAGUAUCACCGAGAGUCGAUGCUGGUUGAAUGGGAGCAGGUAAAACAGAGGAUUCUUCAUACUCUGCUUGCAUCUGGAGAUGAUGCUCUCGAUUUCACCCAGGAAAGUGAGCCCAGCUAUGUCGGUGAGUCGGGCCCUCCAGGCCGCAGCUCUCUGGACAGCGUGGAGAUGGCGUAUGCACGUCAGAUUUAUAUUUAUAAUGAGAAGAUAGUGAAUAGACAUCUGCAGCCUAACCUGGUGGACCUUUGUGCUACUGUUGCAGAACUGGAUGAUAAGAACAUCUCUGAGAUGUGGGCCAUGGUGAAACAAAUGACCAGCGUCCGCCUGGUUUCUGCUAGCGACGUCCUGAAUGUCCGGACCAACCUGGAGGUGCGUAUGGAGUUUGUGAGGCAGGCGCUGCGCUACCUCGAACAAAGGUAAGCUGAGUGUUUGGACAG